CUUUCUUAUGUCCCUAAUUUGGCGCACCGACAGCUUCCCCCACCGUAGAGAUUAUAAUUGGACUGAAUGAUCCAACUUGCAUUAAAGUUUUCCACAGCUUGCAUUAAAGUCUGCAGAUUUAACAGUUCUAUUUUUCCGAUCAAUACGGCUCACGACAAUGACAAUUUACCAUCAAGUUCCAACAAAAAAAUUCCUCAUCUGUACAAUUUUCAUCCCCCAAAGCAAAGCUUUUAUGCGAGUCAUAUAUUCUCAUUUUCUUAGGGAGGAAAGUUCACAGCAAUUUCUUUCUCUGACAUUCAUCCUCCAAAGUAAAGCUGAGUAUUGGAAGAAAAUAAUUGCUUGGCACGCUUGGCCGUCAGUCAUAUAAUAAAGAAGAGAGCUCUUGAAAAAAGUAUCGCAACCCCUCUGGGUAAUUCUGCAUUGACAAAUUAGCAAAGUGUUAAUAUAUGGCUGCUGCUUCUUCUUCCUCCUCCAUUCCUCAAUGGAAUUAUGAUGUCUUUUUGAGUUUUAAAGGUGAAGAUACUCGCAAAAACUUUGUAGACCAUCUCUAUAUGGCUUUGCGACAGAAAGGAAUUUACACGUUCAAAGAUGAUCAGAAACUCGAGAGAGGAAAAUCGAUUUCUCCGGAACUCCUCAAGGCUAUCAGCAAAUCGAGAAUUGCAGUCAUCGUUUUCUCGAAAAACUACACAUCCUCCUCAUGGUGCCUUGAUGAACUUGUAGAAAUCAUUAAAUGCAAGAACAUGAUGGGAUUGACAGUUUUCCCAGUGUUUUAUGAUGUGGAUCCCUCGCAAGUACGAAAACAAAAGCGAAGUUUUGCAGAAGCAUUUGGAGAGCAUGAAGAAACAUCUGGGAAGGACAACGAAAAGCUGAUCAGGUGGAGGGCAGCUUUGGUGGAGGCAGCAAACUUAAGCGGAUGGGAGUUAAAGAAUAUAGCAAAUGGGCAUGAGGCAGAGUUUAUCCAGAAAAUUGUUCAGGAAACUUUAAAAGUGUUGGGACACCUACCAUUAAAUGUUACCAAGUAUGAAGUGGGGAUAGAUUCUCGUGUGGAUGAAGUGGUCACUUUGCUCGACAACGACGGGUUAAAAGAUUUGCGGAUAGUGGGAAUUUGUGGAACUGGUGGAAUAGGUAAAACAACUAUUGCCAAAGUUGUUUUCAAUCAAAUUUUAGAUCAAUUUGAAAGUUGUCAUUUCCUUGGCAAUGUAAGAGAAGAAUCAAAAAGGCAUGGUCUGGUUUAUCUCCAACAACAACUGUUGAAAGGCGUUCUCAUGGGAGAAGAUUUAGAUAUAUGCCAUGUUGAUUACGGAAUCAAUGUGAUAAAGCAAAGACUCUGUCACAAAAAGAUUCUUGUAAUUCUUGAUGACGUGGAUGAUGUGAAGCAAUUAAAAUGUUUAGCUGGAGGAAAGGACUGGUUUGGCUUUGGAAGUAGGAUCAUCAUAACAACUAGAGAUGAACGUUUGGUGGUAGAGAAUAAAGUUGAUCAUGUAAUAUAUCGGGCUGAGCUGUUUAAUAAUGAUGAAGCUCUUCAACUUUUUAGUUGGCAUGCCUUUUCGAAGAACUAUCCGGAAGAGAAUUAUCUGGAACUCUCAUGUGCUGUAAUAAAUUACGCACAAGGCCUUCCACUAGCUCUUGAAGUCUUGGGUUCUUUUUUAUAUAACAGAAGCAGGGAAGAAUGGAAAUGUGAACUAAAUAAUUUGAAAAAAAUUCCAAAUAAUCAAAUUUAUGAUGUUCUCAAGAUUAGUUUUGAUGGCCUAAAUGAUACAGAGAGAGAUUUGUUCCUCGACAUCGCUUGUUUCUUCAAAGGGUAUGAUAAAGAUUAUGUAAUGAAUAUACUGAGUAGUAGUGAGUUUCACCCACGAAUUGCCGUUCUUAUUGAGCGGUCCUUGAUAACCAUCUCCAAUGGGAAUAAAUUGUGGAUGCAUGAUUUAAUAGAAGAAAUGGGUAAAGAAAUUGUUCGACAAGAAUAUCCCAAUGAUCCUGGCAAACGCAGUAGGUUGUGGUUUCCUGAAGAUAUUUAUAAAGUACUCGAAGAGAAUACGGGGACAGAAUCAAUUCAAGGCAUUAUGCUAGAAAGGCCUCACGAUGAUACAUUGGAGGAGUUACAUGUAAAUGCUGACGUCUUUAUGAAGUUGAAGAGUCUUAAAUUUCUCAAACUCAGUGGCAUACGUUCAUGUGGACGCAUUACAUAUCUUUCAAAUGAAUUACGCUAUUUUGAUUGGGACGGUUACUCGACAAGCUGUUUGCCAUCCAAUUUCCAUCCACGAAGUCUUGUUCAUCUUGGCCUUCCCCAUAGCCAAAUGAAACAAAUUAGUUUUCCCGUUAAGAUUCUAGAGAAGUUAAGGUUCCUUAAUCUCAGUCACUCUCCAUAUUUGAACAAAACUCCUGAUUUGUCCUGUUUGCCAUGCCUCGAGAAUUUAGAUCUUAGAGAAUGUACGAAUCUAGUUGAGAUUCAACUUUUUGGUGGAGUCCAUGAGAGGCUUGUUGAUGUGAAUCUUAAUGGAUGUAAAAAGUUGAGGGGUCUUCCAAGAAGCAUCAAGCUGAAAAAUUUGAAAAAAUUUAAUCUAUCAUUUUGUUCAAAACUCGAGAAGUUUCCAGACAUUGAGGGGAACAUGGGUUGUUUAGAACAUCUUAAUUUUUUUAGGAGUGCAAUAAAAGAGUUACCAUUGUCAAUGGAACAUCUUAAUGGACUUAGAUUUUUAUGUCUAAGGGACUGCAGAAAGCUUAAAAUUGUUCCAAGCAACAUUUUUUCUAGAAUGAAGGAUUUAAAAUCCCUUGAGAUGGGAGGAACUGCUUUGAAACAGUUACCGUCAUCCAUAGUAGACUUGAGUAACCUUAAAAUCCUUAAUCUCUCUGAUUUUCAAGGAACGUCAAGUUCAUUGUUUCCAUUUUCAUUAUUCAUGGGGAGGAGAGCAACUGUAAAUUCAAGUUAUCUGCAACUGGAACUGCUCUCCCGUUUGUGCACUUUAAAUGAUUUAGAUCUCAGGAAUUGCAAUUUAUCAGAGGAAUUUUUCCCCAACGAUAUUUCGGGCUUAUCUUCAUUGAGACGCUUAAUUCUAAAUGGAAACAAUUUCGCAAGCGUACCACCAAGCUUCGUUCAACUCACAAAGCUGGAAAGGCUUGGUUUGGGAAAUUGCAGAAGCCUCCGAACGUUGACGUCACUUCCAUCAUCUAUACGUUUUGUGGAUGCAGGUGGUUGCAUAUUAUUGGAAUGGUAUUGGUUCCCGCCAAGUGUAGGCAGUCCAGACAAUCGGGAAUUCAUAUUCACUGAGUGCCACAAAUUGGUUAUGUCAGAUAAAUCAUUACGAAGUCAACUUCAGGUAAUUGGUAAAAUGAUUCUUCCGGGAAGUGAUAUUCCGCAUUGGUUCAGCCAUAAGAGUGAGGGUGAGAUCACUUCAGUGUGUUUGCAGGUUAAUGAUCAUAAUCUACCUUCUUACAAUGACAUCAAAGGAAUUGUCGUCGGUGCUGCUUUGGAAUGUGAUGGAACUUCUUUCGAUGGUAUUGACUUGAAUAUCAAAGUCGAUGGUUAUUCCAUAAUAACCACAUCGUUUGAAAAUUUCUAUACAUCAACCGAUAUUGGUUCAGAUCAUAUCAUUUUGAUUCAGACAACCGAAUAUUUUGAUGAGGAGGAAGGGGUUUCUAUACCAAUUAAAAAUUUGAUGAAGACGAAACCAAAUCUCAGCCCCAAUAAUAUUUGUCAAGAUCAAGAUGGCUGUUAUAUUGAGGCUUCAAUUAUAUUGACUUCAGAAAGUGUGAAGGUCAGGAAAUUGGGUAUCCAUCUAGUAAUGGAGGAGCAAGCUGAUACGUCAUAUAAAAAUUCUGUUUCAUCUAUUGAAUUUCCUGAGUCUAAACCAGCAAAAAUUCGACACUCUUUACAAGAUUGAUAUUGAUAGCCCCCACGCCAACCCACAACCAGUGUCUGAAUUCUCUGUCAAACUGGGACUUUCUGCCUUCCUCCCCAUUUGCAUGGGAAUCCGAACUGGUUGAAUUUCUGCUGAAGCAAGAAACUUUUUGAAUGAUCUGUGAAAAAAAGAAAAAGAAAAUUGUUAGAAUGUGAUUUAUUUGCUCUGCUUUCUUUGUUGAUAUUGUGUAUUUUCAUAUGCUGAUUGUUUAAAUAUACAUUUUCAUAUUUUUUAGGGGCU